AUCGUUAAACAAUCCAAAACUACAUUCAAAGCUUUCAACUUUUCAGUUCUCACUCUCAUCUCAUCACCCACUCUUAUCAUCAAUCACCCAAGUUUUAUCUAUUCUUAACCAUGGCCGAAGAGAACAAGAGCCACGAUUACGAGGGUUCAUCGGUGGAGACCAAAGAUCGGGGACUCUUUGAUUUUUUGAAGAAAGAUGAUCAUCACGAGGAGAAGAAGCCUGAUCAUCAUCAUCAUCACGAUGAAGCUCUAAGCUCAGAGUUUAGUGAGAAGGUUAAAGUGUCUGAACACGAACCGGUUAAGUAUUCUGAGCACGAACCAGUUAAGUCUUCGCAUGAACCAGUUAACUAUUUCAACGCCGAGGAAACUGUUAAUGAAGAAGAGAAGAUGAAGCCAAAUCCAGAAAAGCUCCACCGUUCUCACAGUAGCUCUAGCUCUUCUAGCGAUGAGGAAGAAUGUGAAGGAGAAGAGAAGAAGAAAAAGAAAAAGGAAAAGAAGGGACUUAAGGAGACACUCAAGGAAAAAUUCUCAGGAGAAGAUAAGAAAGAGGAAGAGCAGCACCAUCAUGUGGACACAUCUGUGCCGAUUGAGCACGAAGGUCAAGUUCAUCACACAACGCACGAAGCUCAUGGCUACACAACAACAGAGACUGUGGUGAGCCCUGGAAACCCAGAAGAAAAGAAGGGUUUUCUUGAGAAGAUCAAGGACAAGCUGCCUGGUCAGCACAAGAAGGAAGAUGUUGUGGCGACUUCACCGGCACCACCUCCGGGUGUGGUUCACCAUGAUCAGCCAUACUCAUCGCAUGAGACCACCACUACUGCUACUCAUCAUGAAGGUGAGGCUAAGGAGAAGAAGGGUAUUUUGGAGAAGAUCAAGGAAAAGCUUCCUGGGUACCAUCCCAAGACUGAGACUGAAGAAAAGGAAAAGGAGAAAGAGAAAGAGAAGGAAAGUGGUUCACAUUAUUAAAGAAAAAGCUUGCCUAGCCUGGCCAAUAUUUCGUUUGAUUAUGGUGUGGUUUGUUUGUUAAUUGAUUAAAAAUCCUAUCUUCAUGAUGGGUAUAUUUUGCUUUUUUUUUCUUUUUCAUUUUCAUUUCUGUUUCAAGAAAAAAAAAAGGGGUAUUAUAAGUGGUUUAUUGUGUACUUAUAUAUGUGUAUGCAUGUUUAAAUUCAUGGUGUAUUGAAAAUGUUCGACUGGGGUUAUCGUUUCAAUAUUUUUUUUUCUUUUUGGUUACCUCUUUUGUGAGCUGAUUUUACAGCAAUGUUAAUAAUAAAUUUGGACCUUCUUUUGUA